AUGGAAAGUUUAGGAGAUGAUGCUUACUUUACCUUUGAUUCCACCACGCAUUCAAUGAUAGGAAUUGCAGAUGGAGUUGGAGGUUGGAAUAGGAAUGGUUCCACAGGUAUUGCAGCACUAGUUAGCAAUAGAAUAAUGUCGGAAUGCUUAAAAUGUUGUGAGAAUGGGGAACGUGAUCCUAGAAAUGUAAUGAAACAAUCAUUUGAGAAUAUUGUGAAAGAUAACUUGAGUAAAGGUAGUUCAACAGUUUGCAUUGCAUCCAUUGAUAAGAUGGCUAACAAGCUCAGUGUUUGUAAUUUUGGAGAUUCUCAAUAUGAUAUCAUUCUAUUAUUUACAGAUGGAGUGUGUGAUAAUCUCUUUCAAUCUGAAAUUCUUGAAAUUUGUACUGGACUUGAUACAUCCUAUGAAAUUGCUUGUUCAAUUGUGAAAAAAUCAAAAGAAAAAACGAGAACACCAUCCACUGACUUUGCAGAAAUCUAUCCCACACCAUUUUCAAAAAGCAGAAAUUUGAAAUAUACUGCAAAACCAGAUGAUAUCACUUGUGUAUGUCAAAUAAUUGAAUAA